UUCAUAAAUCCACUUCCCCAGAUUGGCCAAAAAUGGAUCCAGGAGCGACAGAAACUCUUCAUCCCUAUACUUUUGAUGGUCAAUUCAGUGAUGCAGAUGAAGAAAGUAAUGAAUGUCACAGAGAAUGCAGCACGUUACCUGCAAAUAUGGGAACACUCGUCAUUGACCAGAGUGAGCACUGGUCUUCAGAUGAGCAGCCUUCACACAAUUCUCAUGAUGAUAUCCGAGAAGAUCCCAACUCCCUCCUGCAAUUUCAUUAUGGACCAAACUUGGAUGAUGAGUAUGAUGAUGAUGAUGAUGAUGAUGAAGAUGACUAUGAUGAGGAGUAUAUGGCUAAUGUUCACCUUGGCUCUCUUCACCAAGUUUUUGGAGAGAGCAUAAUGGGCAGCAAUACGACCAGCACAUCAAAGGGAACUAAUGUGUUUCAACCUGAGCAAUUCAGCAGUCGCUUGUGCUUCGAUCAGUACAGUCAUGGCCAGUACAAGACGAGCGCCACCAACGCCCUACAGAACCAGCAGCAGAAUAGGUACAUCAAACGUGACAAAGACGAUCGCAAAACAGCAGAUAAGGUGCUGGACAAGAGGACUGCCAUGAUCAUUCACAAGUACAUCAACAACGAAGACAUCAGCGGUGUUUAUGGUUGCAUUUCUACCGGCAAAGAGGCGAACGUGUACUACUGUGCGAGUGAAAAGUAUGGUCCUUGCGCCCUCAAGAUCUACAAAACUUCUACUAUGGUCUUCAAAGACCGAGACAAAUACGUCACUGGGGACUACAAGUUUCGCCACGGCUAUGCUAAACACAACAGUCGCAAGAAAAUCCUGGUGUGGGCAGAGAAGGAGUUCAGCAACCUGCAUAAACUUUACUCUGCGGGGCUGCGCGUCCCGGAACCUCUCAAGCUGCGCUCUCACCUCCUGCUGAUGAGGUUCCUGGGGCAUGAACAAGACCCUGCCCCACUCCUUAAGGACCUGAAGAUGUCUUCGAAGGUGGCAACUGAGCUGUACUGGUCGCUGGUGCUUGACAUGUGGACGAUGUACAGAGUGUGUCGGCUCGUCCAUGCUGAUCUCUCUGAGUUCAAUUUGCUUGUUAACGAUGGUCAAAUUUUCAUCAUUGACGUGUCGCAGUCAGUGACUCCAGAACAUCCUCAUGCCAUAGAUUUCCUUAAGAAGGAUUGCUUCAACAUUACAGAAUUUUUCCGGAAGAAAGGGGCGCAAACAGUGGGAUUUAAGGAUUUGUUCCUUUUCAUUGUCGACAAGAGCAUCAGUCAUGAGAAUAAAGACGAAUGUUUUGUGAAGCUGAAACAAAAGGCUGCUGCUAGGGAUCCCAAUCUCACCAAUGAGGAGAAGGUCGAUGAAGAGGUCUUUAAGGGUGCUUUCAUCCCCCAGAACUUGGGGCAGGUGGUUGAUUUUGAGCGGGAUUACUACGAAAUGAAGAUGGGUCAACGGCACUCGGAUGAUCUGGACUACCAACCCAUUAUUGGUAUGGCUCCAGACUUGUCAUCCGCAGCUACCGUUCCUAGGAUCCUACACGGUCCUGAAUCACAUACCAAUGAUGCUCUAUGUAGUGCCUCGAGCCAGUCGUCUGCUGAUGUCGGAGCUGAUAACGAUUGUCCCAUAAAUUGUGAUGCAAAUGAUAAAAUAGAUGCUCCUCAAUACGUACAAUCUCCUAUUGAGCGGGAAGUAGGUGAAGUAAAAUUACAACUUUACUCUAAUGAAGAGAAUGAAGUUGAAGAUGUCACAAUAGAAGAGGAAUUUAAAGAAAACAAUUGUUCGUCAAAACUAAAACAUCAGGUCAGACCUAAAGGCGAAACCACGGAGGAGAAAAAGUUGAGGAAAAAGGAGGUAAAAGAAGACAAGGCUGAGAAAAGGAAAACAAAAGUUCCUAAACACGUAAAAAAACGGGCUACCAAAAAAUAAUCAGUCCUCGCGUUUUUAACUUCUGUUGUCUUGUUAUUUUAAUUUGACUGAAAUGAUCAUAUUUGUGAUCAAACUAUUUGCAAAUUGUCAGUCGCUGAACGAGUUGCCCUGUAACUUUGAGCAUUAAAAGUUCCAUUGACUGUC